AUGUCAGGAGACACUUCUUCGAGAAAGGUGAAGAGGUUUUCAGAAUCAGAUAGAAGUUCAGAGUUUGAUGCUGCCACACAGAAAGCAUUAGAAGAAAUAGAUAUUUGUCAAAAUGAGAUUGACAACAUAGAUGAGAAGGCUAGUGAAGAAAUAUUAAAAGUUGAACAGAAAUACAACCAACUUCGGAAACCGUUCUUUGAAAAGAGGAAUCAGAUCAUAAGCAACAUUCCGAAUUUUUGGAUAACAUCUAUUAUGAAUCACCCUGAUCUAAGUGCUCUGCUGGAUGAUUCUGAGGAAGAUUGCCUACAUCAUCUAACCAAAUUAGAAGUGGAAGAAUUUGAGGAUAUCAAAUCUGGUUACUGGAUAAAAUUUUAUUUUGAAGAGAAUCCAUACUUCGAAAAUGCUGUUAUUACAAAGGAAUACCAUCUGGGCUGUGCAACUCCAACAUCUGAAAGUACUCCUAUAGUAUGGAAAGAGGGUUGCACUCUUGGACAAACCAUAGAAUCUAAUCGAAGUGGCAGAAAACGACGUCAUGAGCCUUCUAAAACUUUUUUUGGUUGGCUCAAUGAUAAUGUUGAUCCAUACACAGAUGAUAUUGCAGAAGUUAUCAAAGAUGAUCUCUGGCUGAACCCUUUGCAGUAUUAUUUGGUGCCCGAUGUUGAAGGUGAUGGGGAAAAUGGUAUGGAGGGUGAAGAUGGCAGCAGUAGUGAAGAAAAUGAAGAAGUUGAAGACCAUCAAGAAAGCAAAAGCAGUGGUCAGCGCAAAUAA